UUCUAUGUAUAGCUUCUUCCUCUUCUUCUGUGCUUCUCAGAGCAAGCGCGUAAUGCCUAGUUCCAACACUCCCACACUAAACCCAACUCGAUUCAUACAUUGAUUUGAUUCAUAGAUACAUAUAGUGAGUAUGGCUAGAGCAGCAGGGAAGCACACAUCGGCUCGUCUGGUGUUGAUUUGCGUUGGCCUUCUGGGUGUUGCUCUCAUUGCUGAUUUCCUCUGGGCUUCUUCUUCUUCUCGUUUUGCUCUCAUUUCCCCAAAUUGGGCUCCCCCUGUCUCGAUCCUCACCCCCAUAACCAAACCCAACAAGGGAGUUGACAGCCAAAAGAACAAUACUGCUAUUGGGAGGGUUUUAUCUGCAACUUUUGCCGACUUGCCUGCACCAGAACUAGAAUGGCAAAAGAUGGCUGCUGCACCUGUUCCUCGUUUGGAUGGGGCUGCUAUACAGAUUAAGAAUCUUCUAUACGUGUUUGCUGGAUACGGUACAAUUGAUUAUGUACAUUCACAUGUGGACAUCUACAAUUUCAGUGAUAAUACAUGGGGAGAACGAUUUGAUAUGCCAAAAGAAAUGGCACAUUCGCAUCUAGGAAUGGUAACCGAUGGAAGGUACAUAUAUAUUGUAAAUGGACAGUAUGGGCCACAGUGCAGAGGGCCCACAUCCCAUACAUUCAUCCUUGAUACUGAGACAAAGAGGUGGCAGAGUAUGCCCCCUUUACCAGUUCCAAGGUAUGCACCGGCAACUCAACUUUGGAGAGGUAGACUCCAUGUAAUGGGUGGUAGCAAGGAGAAUCGACAUACACCUGCAGUGGAUCAUUGGAGUCUUGCUGUGAAAGAUGGAAAAUCAUUAGAAAAGGAAUGGAGGACUGAAGUGCCUAUUCCCAAGGGAGGUCCUCAUAGGGCUUGUAUAGUUUAUAAUGAUCGUCUUUAUGUUAUGGGUGGUCAAGAGGGUGAUUUCAUGGCAAAACCUGGAUCCCCUAUUUUCAAGUGCUCUCGUAGGAAUGAGGUUGUGUAUGGCGAUGUUUACAUGCUGGAUGAUGAAAUGAAGUGGAAAAUGUUACCUCCUAUGCCUAAGCCAGAUUCCCAUAUUGAAUUUGCCUGGGCUAUUGUUAACAAUUCUGUUAUUAUUGUUGGAGGCACAACAGAGAAGCACCCUGUAACUAAGAAGAUGGUUUUGGUUGGAGAAAUGUUCCAGUUUAACUUUGAAACUCUGAACUGGUCAGUCAUUGGGAAACUGCCAUUUCGAGUUAAAACCACACUAGUGGGUUUCUGGAAAGGGUGGUUGUAUUUCACAUCAGGACAACGGGAUAAAGGACCAGAGGAUCCAGCACCAAAGAAAGUGAUCGGAGAACUGUGGAGAACAAAAUUAAACCUGGGCUUGUGAUGAUUCCUGUUGAUUCUUAGAAAUUCUGCCAGUCUGACCGUCUGUAUAUCAUAGCAAAUUCAAAUAUGAUUCAAAAAUAAUCUUGCAACAACUCUAAUUACUUAUAUAAUUCUUUGAUCUUUCACGAACUGUAAUUUUAAUCGUUAAAAGCACACUUCUGUU